GUAAACAAUAAAUGUCAUAAAUGAAACGCCUGAUUGAAGUGUCGAAGUGAGUGCUCUACUAUAGAUGCUGUACUAACUGGAGGAACUGUAAUGAGCAAAAAAGCAUUGUAAAUUAAACCAAAUUUGCUAGAAAUCUUAACUGUUUGGAGGCUGACCAGUUGACUAUUUAUAAAGCGGGGAGAAGUUGAAUUUCGGAUCACUGAUCUCGAAUCCAUCUGGUGGCAGAGAGUAGAUUCAAUCGCGGUACCCGAGUCCAGAUUGCAAAUCUAGCGCCCUAGGUUUAGGCCACACCGCGCCUCCAAAUUACAUGAACGAAUUCAAUUUAGUUAAGUGCAUGGAAGCAGAUUUCUGUUAUUAUUUGAUUAAUUGACAUCAGUAGGGAUCUUUAAAACGUAACAAUCAGAAAGACUACUAAGAAAGCCGGCCAACGGAAAUUGCAGAUACUGUGUUGUUGUCAAAACAAAUAGAAGACCUCUAUAGUAGUGCUUUAGACAGGUGUCCCUUUUCAUAAGAAUUGCUAUAAAUAUUACUCUUUCAAAGCUAAAAAUUACCUUGCCAGGCCACCGCACGGUUUGUAGAGAGACUCCCAGACCAAAAGUCCAUCCAAGAUGAACCUUACUUGCAACAACUCCUGGGCCAACUCGAGCGGAAGUUUUUCGAACGAACUAAAUCAAAGUGUCUUUGCUAAUUUGCCAGCUUGCUCUGAAACCGCUGGACAGAGUCCAUCAGUGAUCGACCCAUUAGAGGAUUUUUACAAAGCCGCUUUCGGUUCCGCCAUCUUCAUCUACGUGGUUUCGUUUAUCACAAUCUUAGCCAAUAGUCUUCUGUUUCUCAUUUUCUGCGUCGACCCACUGAAAAUUUUCCGCAACUCAACCACGUAUUUCCUCAUCGGGUUGGCCAUUGUCGACUUAUUAACAGCGCUGGUUCAAGAACCCAUCUACGCCACUUGUUUUAUCAUCCUGUAUAUUAAGCAUCCUUCCUUAAAGAAAUGUCGACCCUUUAUGGAAUUUGGAAGUUAUUUCUCAGCGUUCUCUAUAACGGUAUCGUUGUUAAUCGUCUUCGCCUUUACCGUGACGCAGUACAUUGUGGUUUCAUCACCUCUAAAGUACGGCCGCUUGGUGACCAAGAAGAAAGUCUUCAUUAGCGUUGUGUCCAUCUAUCUUUACACUGCAAUCCUCUGUUGUCUACCUUUGAUGGGUGUUCCAAAAAAAGUCAAGGAUGGUAUAGACUUGUUCCUUCACAGCUAUGCAGUGGUUCUGAUCACAAUAGUUUUCUACAUCCUUCUGCAUCACACAAUGAAAAAGAAAAUGGCGUCGGGAAAUACACUUCAGAACGAAAGUAAAUCCCGUGAGGAGAGCAAACAUACUCAAGUGCAACGAAACUUUGUUCGUUUGAACGUGGUCCUUCUAACUGUGUUGAUUGUGUGUUUCGUGCCAACAAUGGUAAUGAUGACCAUAAGACUAUUUAUAGAGGACUAUCUGCCUCCCAUCCUGAUUGCAAACUUAAUGACAGAUAACCUGCACUACCUGAAAUUCCUGCUCGACCCGUUUGUCUACGCGUGGCGCAUGCCGAAGUAUCGAGAAUCCCUCAGUAAAAUUAUUUGCUCUAAAAAUGGCAAUGUCGCUAAGGAAUCGAGUGGAAAUGGAAUCAGGAACAAUUCAGCUGUGGUGGAGAGUAACGAUAAUGAAGUAACAACUGCAGAACUGAACAAAUCGGCAAUAACUUUGCUUAGCUUUAAAGCUAUGCCUCUAUACUAAGAUUGAGAAACUUGUUUCAAAUGAACGAUGUGCAUGUUAAAUCUUGAGAAUAUCGUCGACUAGCUUGAUGGAGACUUUAAAUGAGAUCUAGAUUCCAAAUUCCUCAUGUCCCUUAUUACCAGU